AUGGAGUCUACCCCGAAAACCCCAGACGCGGACACGGAAAUCCCAACAGGACAACAAGUGGCCAGUGUGUCCAGAGAAGGCAGCGGUCUCGGGCUAUUGACGUCGCCCCAACGUAAGCUGGAGCGUCCACGAGCAAGCGGCAGACGUGCAGAGUUCAGCCCGCCACGAAGAAGUCCACCUACCUCGAACGGAAGCGGUAGCGGACGUAUCUACAACUCUAUCAUCGCGCAGGCAUCUCCCUUACUCAAGGCCGCCGCAGACACGAAGCGAGAACCAGACCAGCUUGUCGAGAACACCGAGGAGGCGCCGGGACCCAUACCAUAUGAGCCCUCGGCAUCAGCAACGUCCAUGCCAGAAGUCCCUCCAGUACUGCAGCAGGGCAAUGCAGAAACAGACAAACUAGCCGAGAAGCACAUCCCGGAUGAGGAAAUGCGGGCCAAAUAUGGACCGCUGCUUGCUCAGAAAGAAUAUUUGCAGAAGGAGCAGAAAGAGCUUGGGAACAAAAUGGACAUCCUUGAACGUGAAUACGAAACGCAAAGAGAGCAGUUGGAGAAAUAUCCGGAAAAGCUCUCCCAAGUCGAAGAUAUUGUGGCUCAGACAAAACAGGAAGUUGUCCUCAUCGCGGGUACCGCUAACUUCUUGUACGACUCCUACCUUGAUAUCAAACAGAAUCUCGAGGCGCUCAAACGUCGCAAUGCGGAUUUCGAGCGGUCAAACAAUGUGUGUCUGCAAGAGGCGGCGGCCGCACGAAAAACAGAGCAAGAAGCGCUGGACAAGUACCAUUCCAAGGACGAAGAGAUGGCGAAUCUUCUAAAGAUGCUGGAAGAGUCUAAGACAGAAAAUAUGCGACUAAAGAGUCAGCUUCAAGCCUCCAAGAAGCAAUACGAGGGCCUACGCAAGGACCUCGAGGGCUGUCGCCGUUGGCUUGACAAGGCACGCACAGAACAGCUUCGAAAGGACCGAGAUCAACUUCAAUUCUGUGAUAACUGGUUAAUGGACCUCCUACCCAAGAAACAACCAUUCCGACAUCUUUCAACAUCGUCGGCGACUCAAUACCAAACCUUGGAAGACUAUAUCAACAGUUCGCCCAUGGGGACUGUCCCUCCGUCUAUCAAAAGCCUAGCCAAUACGCCCAGGAGUGCCACAGUCAGACAUCUUCCUCCGAGAAAUAGGGCUUCCACAGGACCAAUGCUGUCCAACAUGCGGUUCUCGUUACCUCAAUCUCCUCGACACCCAGUCCCGUCACCAGCUCGACCGCUUCAGCCUGCUGCUUUGGACAACAGUGUGCCAGCCUCGAGCCAGGCCCAGGUUGAGUCAGCAGCGUCCAGUCCUCAGCUGCCGUACUGGGUGACGGAAGGUAAUGGAGAAAAUGCUUCUCCUCGUCCCUCUCGCAUGUCGCUUGAUCUUGCGGACCUUCAGAAACAAAUCAAUAUUUCAGGUCUGGUAUUUUCGGGAUCGCCUUCCAAUCGACUCUCUCUACCACGCUCAUUGGAUAGUCCUAGCCGUCCGGCACCCUUGAGAAUUCGGACCGCUGCAGGCCAAGGACAAGAGGAAGAGGGCAUCAGUUCGGCCGGAGCAGUCAGGGAGGACAACGGGUCGCAGCGUUCGCCGGGGCAGACUGGCUCUCGAGACGAGGUUGAACCUGCCGUGAACAGACAAAGCCCUCCAGGCCGGUCUGCAGAACCGGCGGAAGGAGGUGACGGCGGCAGUGACGAUGCGGCUGACUUGGAGAGUCAGUCACGAUUGGAAACCCUCUCUCCUAUAUCGCUGACUUCUAUGAAUAUUCCUGGCUCGAACAACAAGGAUGAGGAACCAGACGCGGAGAUUGAAAGCAUUCGAACGCCUGCAACGGCCGGUGAUCUGUCAGACGUCAGCGAAGAGAGUCAUGCUCAGUCACUCCAGAUAGCCUCAAGCGGAAGAAACACGCCUGCACCAUCGCCAGGAUCUAACAGCGUCAGCCAGGACCUGGUUUCCUCUGAAGAGCUGCUGCCACCCCCGAGAACAAGCAAUCCAGAAACGGCGAUCCAAAGAAGAUCCAGCUCGUCGUUAAGCAAUCCUCGAUAUCUAAAGGCGGACAACAACACCACAUCUUCUUCCACCAGCAACAUGCGACUAUUAAAUGGAUCGCGCCGGACCAGCAUGAGCGAGAGACCACGAGUAGCAGCCAGGAAUCUGGCUCCCAUCAAAACCAUACCCCAAGCUCUUCAGAGUAGCAUCCCGACCAAAGUUUCGCCUCUCCGAACUCCCGUUCGGCUCUUGGGCUCAGCUGAUGAAGCACCAAUAUCUCGAACGACAUCGCUCUCUCCGCGGCUAGUGAAGGUCGACGAUACCGCAGCCACUAGCAGUGCCAUUGGGUAUCCUCAAACUCCCGGUCUGCGGAGACGUGCGCCCAUGUCGCCUCUGAAUGCGUCCUACCAACCACCUCAUCUUCAACUAUCGACCCCCUUCGAAGAGCGGCUCCAAGCGAACGUUAUGUCAACUCCUUCGCCGCCGCAGCCAUUUGCAGGACUGAGAACUCCAGAAAUCAAUGCCGAAUCUUCGGAAGACGUUUCUCCUGGUACAACCAUCGUUGGAUCGGACUAUUCAGACAAUGGUGGCAGUGGGCACGCUUGCUGUUUUCCGGACGACGAGGGAGCGGGGACUUUGAGAAGCAUAUCUUUAAGUCCGACGCUGUCCCCAAGGCCGGGUGAGGCAUUUCAAGUACAUCAUACUGAUGGCCGACCAAGGGAUGUCUCCUCUGAUGAUGAUUUCGCUGCGCAACGCCAUCCGGUCAUGGAGCCAAUUGAUGAUGUGUGUGGUGGUACCAUAAUCCUUGCAGAGAACUAUGGGACAACACCAGGGUUCAUCUCCAAAGGUGUAAGCGCUCUUCGACGACUUCCUGUCGAUCCUCGCAUGAGUCCCAGUCUCUCCAGCGGAACACUAGAGGUUGUGAUGACCCCGAUUGUCUCGACGAUGGCAUCGUUAGCCAGUGCCAUCGCCUCCAUUGGCCGCAAUUCGGAUUCCCCUCUCAACCGGAGUCACUCCCCUGCCCGUGGAAGUGGAAGUGGAAGUGGAAGUGGAAGGGAGAGCGAGAGUGAGCCCGAGAUUGGAAGUGAAAGUGAGCUUGAAACAGAAGAUGACUACAAGACACCAGUCCCGACUUCACCUCAGCGCAGCGACCGAACAGAGACGGCAGACUCAACUUCAAGAUUAGGGCCGAGGACAAUGCACAGAGAGAACUCAUCUUCAGGACCAUUCAGCCAAGGUCAAAAUAUUUCUUCUCAAUCAAAGACAGCGAGAGAAGGAAAGUCAUACUCGACAUGGCCAUCACCACUUGGAGCAAAAUGGAAGCAGUGGGCUCAACAAUAUAAGAUCAGCUCGUCAUUUGGCCGUCUUUCAAGAAUCACAUCCACAACACCCACACCCACACCUACAUCCACAUCCACAGUCACGCCCUCGAGCCAAAGUCCAAGCACCCGAAGACGUCGACAUCUGUUCAUCGUCAUCCUAGUGGCAUACGUGACGAUGGCCCUGUUCGUCCUCAAGUACGGACCUAUGGCGACGUUCUAUAGCAGUACCAGCACCAAUCCUACCACUGCUCGUAUACCGCGCCAUACGAUGGAGAGCUCGCUGAACAGACAGGAUUCGAUGAUGAGUACAUAUCCUUCCGACCAGACACAAGCUCAUGAGGCUGCAUUAACCGAGAUGGACGCAUCAACAUUGACGCUGACGUUAACGGAGAUACCACGUCCGGUCGAGCCCUGCACACCCGUUCCCAAGAAGACACGCUUUGCGCAUGACCAUACACAUCCUAAGUCUGCUGGUGGCACUGCUCAUUCGAGCCCAGCAAACCAUCUCGACGAACUCUGCACUCUUACGCCUCUUCACGCUUCCACGUCAUGCGUCAUUCCCAACGAAAUGCCAGACUUGGAGUCUAGGUCUGACUCUGAAGCUGGGUCUGAGUCUCACUGUGAUCACGCGCAAGUCUCGGACAAUAUACAGAGUAUCUACUCCUGGGUGAUCAAGUCCAUCACAGACCUCAGUCGCAGAUACUCCACCCGCACGUCAGAAUCGAGGUCCCGGACUAGUGUUUUCACUCUUGUGCCCAAGGCAGACCCGAAGGAAGCAUUAUCAAAGCAAGACACAGGUACAGGCGACACUUCAAAGACAGUAUCUCCACCCACGACAAGACUUGUCUCCUUGACGCCACUUUCACCGCAAGAUGCCGCUUCAAUGCCAUUGUUUAGCUACCAAAAUCAAAGCCUUCUCGAAAUGCAGCAGAAAGAGCGAGAGAAGCAGAAGAAGAAUCGAAAGCAGAAGCAGAAUCCAAGCCAGACGCUCUGGACCAAGAUCCUCAAUCAGCCCCAAAACCCAGACCAGGUUGAAAGUUAUCACGACCACAGACAGGACAAUACCAAAUCUCACCAUAACCACUAUACUCCCGCAAAAGACUCGAACCGCAACGACCACUUCAGCCAUUCUCAAUAUCAGUAUCAGUAUCAGUCCCAACGUCGCUCCUCCCGCUCCGUAGGCCCCGCAUAUUGGGGGUUCGUUCCAGGCCUCGAGCGACGACUUGAUAUGUUCAAACUCGAUCUCCUGAACUGGCUUAUGGGAGAGGAAUGA